AUGUCUUCUGCUCUAAACUUCCCAGAAAACUCUACCGUUUUGGUGACCGGAGCCAAUGGACAUGUGGCUCAGCAUAUGCUCGAACAACUCCUGAGAAUCCCUUCAGUCAAGGUUCGAGGAACGGUCCGAACAGCUACAUCCGAAGCCGCCUUGCAAGCAGUAUUCGGAAAUUACGUGGCCUCUGGGUCAUUGGAAAUCAUCCAAAUCCCCGACAUCACACAGGAAGGGGUCUUUGACACUGCACUUCGAGAUUGCACACAUGUAGCGCAUGUGGCGUCGCCCCUGGUGGUUGGGUCGACCAAUGUCGAAGACGAGGUGCUGAAGCCCGCUCUACGAGGAACGUUGUCUCUUUUGGCAUCAGCAGAAAAGGCCAAUAAGCUGAAAUCAGUGGUCAUAACAGGCUCUUUUGCGUCCGUCAUUGACCUUAUGCAAGAUCUGCGCCCUGGAUACACCUACACUCCCAAGGACUGGAACCCAUUGACCUACGAACUCGCGGCCGACCCUGCCCUUGAUCUGUCUAGGUGGCCAGAAAGGUAUCGUCCAUUUGUCACGUACACGACCUCGAAGAAAGUUGCAGAACGCGGGGCAUGGGACUGGUGGGCUGAACAUAAGCCAGCAUGGGAUCUAUCCUUUGUCAAUCCUACCUAUAUCCUCGGCCCUUAUUUGCUGCCUGUAUCCCGCGAGAAGCUGAGCUUUAGUUGUCAUCUUGCCUCGGGUGUCGCGCUGUCGAGUCCCAAGGAUAAUCUUCCCUUGAUUGACUUUCCGCACUGGGUCGAUGUGAGAGAUGUUGCUCUUGCGCACCUCCUCGCCUUGACGAAUCCGCAAGCCAGGGGCGAGCGGUUUAUUCUUGCUCCGAACAAGGUUCCUCCUUCGGCUUUUGCGAAGAUAGCCAAGGAGAGACUUGGCCUGCAUCCGUCAGAGGAGAUACAGGAACUGCCUCCGAUGUUUGACAUUGACUCACGCAACUGCGAGUCCGUAUUGAGCAUGAAUGAUUGGAUUGCCUUGGAAGAUUCUUUAGUAGAUUUAGUUAAUCAGAUAACACAAAAUUAA